AUGACCAGCGAACAUCUGGUGGAGUUCGCCUGGGGGCUGGCCAACUGUGGCUACGACUUCCUUUGGGUCGUGAGGAAUGACCUGGUGCAGGGCGACGCUGCAGUGCUGCCGCCGGAGUUCCUCGAGGCGACCAAGGGCAGGUGUUUCUUGGCGAGCUGGUGCGAGCAGGAGGCGGUGCUGCGGCACGAGACCGUGGGCAUCUUCUUGACGCACUACGGGUGGAACUCGAUGAUGGAGGUCGGCGACGACGUGCGCCGGGAGGUGGUGGAGGAGAGGAUAAGGGAGGUGAUGGGUGGUGGCGAGGUGGGGAGGGAGAUGAGGCGGAAGGCGAUGGAGUGGAAGGAGAUCGCCGUCCGUGCGACGACGCAACCUGGUGGCAGAUCGUUGGCCAACCUUGAGGUUCUGCUCAAGAAUAUACGUGCACCGCCGUUGGAUCAUCCUUCUCCCGCAAUCAUGUGA